AAAGAAAAAAAAAAAAAGAGGAAAAGCCUAUGGAGAAAGGUCAUUUUAUUCAUGUGCUGAAACAACAGCAGCCAAUCAAACUUUGUUCAUGCACAAGGCAUCUGCCUGCUUCUAGACUCCCCCCAACCCCCGAUCGUAUCGGGUAUCAACGGUGCCGUGGGCUGUCUUCACUGUGAACAGCUGCUGAAACGCCCUUUGCGUCCUGCUGCAACCCCUCGUUUCCCCCUCCUCCCCACGCCCAACCGACCUGCGCUUCGCGUUUCUGCUAACUGUUAUCAGGUUUCCUGCCUCCAAGUGCUUCCACAUUCUUACUUUCUUUCUUCUUUCUCUUUCUACUUUGCUUCGAUAUACACACAGUUACUACUCAUACUCCCACCCCUCUCCUCUCCUCUCCCUCCUUUUCUGUGGAUUCGAGCCCUUGACUGGCCAGAACUUUGUGCAUGUCCGCUAUGAAAUCAAGUGUUUUCUCAACAAACGUCAUUCAGGAAUUGACCGACAAAACGUACGAUCGACGAAAAGUGGCAGCCUUGGAAGUGGAAAGACUAGUAAAGCAAAACAAGGGCAGUCAAGAGCAAAUCAAUGGCAUUAUCCGGGAACUUGUGGAGGACUUUAUCUAUUCAGACUCGUCCAAUGCACAAUGUGGCGGGCUUAUUAGUCUGGCAGCGACUGCGAUUGCCUUGGGUCCAAGUGUAGCGGCCUAUCUCGACACGGUGGUCCCACCUAUUCUGGCAUGCCUGAACAGUAAAGACUCCAGAGUGCGCUACUACGCGUGUGAAUGCAUAUUGUGUUUGAACUCGCAGCGACCCAUGUCUCACCCCAUAGCAGUAACAGCAGCAUCAGCAAUAAUAGCAACAGCCAAGAAGACGGCAUUUCAAUUGUCAAAGUUUAUUCCUGUUUUGCGCCGCCAUCUUUACACGAGCAACCCGUUCGAACGGAUGUACGUCAUGUCCUGGAUUGGCAUUCUCGACUCUGUUCCGGGACUCGACUUGGUGUGGUACUUGCCAGACCUGCUAGACGGUAUCAUCCGCUAUUUGACCGACACACGCCACCAGAUCCGCGCGAAUGCUCGAUUAUUGCUUGCCCAAUUCUUCCAGGAGAUUCAGUUUAUUUCAAGACAAACCGAGGAUGAAGGAGUUGCCAUGCAAAAAAGGGAUAGUGUCUCUUCGUCGUCGUCGGCUUCUGCUGGUGGUGAGUCGUCGUCAUCAUCUUCGUUCACGACCUCCGACACUAUCAACAAUAGUAAUGAAUUGUUAACCCCACCGCAAACACCACAAACAAAAGCAGCCACAACAACAACAACAACAAGCGAUGACAAACAUCAACAAAAGAGGCAACAGCAACAGUUACAGUACGAUCGUAUCUUAGAAAUAUUAAUCCAGCAUAUUUCAUCCACUAAAGAAGAAAUCCAACGCACAGCACUGCAAUGGAUGAUAGAAUUCACUGCUGCGGCCAAGCCUGUGGUGCUUCAAUUCACGCCUCGCAUUGUCUCUGCCGUUCUGCCGCUCCUUUCACAUUCAGUACCAACCAUCAGUGCAUUUGCCAUGGAAAUCAAUAGGAAUCUACAAAACCUUGUCAUGGAUAAUACGAAUGAUGGUACAGCACCAUCAUCCAUUAGUUCUGUAGCAAAGACAACGACCGGCCCCAUCUUGUUACGUCGGGCAUAUCGGUCGGAUAUCGGCCUACCUGUCGGAAGACCGAAAAAUGGCGAACCGUUCGAUUACUCAAUGACCGUGGCGAACCUUAAAGUACAGUUUCUCAGUGAGCAUGAACAGGCACGAUUCGCAAGUCUAGAGUGGUUAUUACUGUUGCACAAAAAAGCACCCAACAAGGUAUUGGCAUCGACGGAUGGCAUUUUGCCGGAACUAUUCAAAGCGCUACUGGAUCCAUCAGAGGAUGUGGUGCAUCGUGACCUAGAGCUUUUAGCACAAAUAGCAGCGCACUCAAAUGACGAUGCGUUUCUAGCAUUUGUCAAAAGGCUGCUGUCGCUUUUCGAGAUUAAGCGUCAACUACUCGAGUCACGGGGAAGUUUCAUCAUUCGUCAGUUGUGCGUCAAUCUGGACGUCGAGAAAAUGUAUCGCACCAUGGCUGACAUUCUCGAGCAUGAUAAGGAUCUGGAGUUUGCAAGCAUGAUGGUACAGAACUUGAACAUAAUAAUGAUCACAUCCUCGGAGAUGAAUUGCUUACGAAAACAGUUACGGUGCUUGGAUACAAAGCACGGACAACAGCUCUUUUUGACGCUUUAUAAGUCAUGGUCACACAACCCUGUAGCUGCAUUUUCUCUUGCAUUAACAGCACAGGCUUAUGAACUUGCUGCAAGCAUGCUACAAAUCUUCGCAGAUAUGGAAAUCACAGUUAACAUGUUAAUACAGUUGGAUCAGCUGGUACAACUAUUGGAAUCACCUGCGUUUGCGUAUCUUCGAUUGCAAUUGCUGGAGCCGGAUAGAUACCCUUACUUGUUCAAAUGCUUAUAUGGCAUAUUCAUGCUGUUACCACAAUCUUCUGCGUUCACCACCCUGCGUAGUCGACUCAACAGUGCAUCUUCUUUAGGGUUCAUGCACGUCAUGCCCAAGAGCGCUACUACUAGCAGUGCUUCUUCCAGCAUCAGCACCCGCACAACACCAGCACGCAUUACAAAAUCAACAUCAUCAUCGCAUUCUAACAAUAGCAACACAAAACAAACUUCUGAAACAAUCAACUUUGAAGAGUUACUGGCUCAUUUUAAGACAGUGCAACAAAACCAUCAAAACAAACAACAGCGGCGAUAAUUCUCAUUCUUAUACCCCAUCUCCCAUCCCCGCAACAGCUUCCCUUCUAUCCCUACAGCAUAUACUUAUCGAACAACAAGGACACAUAUAGAAAGAGCACUAAAAAAAGAGCAUACCACCACUGCCAUUGCGACAACAGCAAUAUACAUGACAUCAAUUUACAGACAUUGCAUCAUCAAAAUAAACAAAAAUAAACACAUCUUU